GGCUCUGUACAGCAGAUAGUCUUAUCUAAGAAGCCACACACACACACACACACACAUACACACACACACACACACCUCAUAUCAGUGGGGCUUCAGUGUAACGAUUUCUGACGAGCACUGCUAUGUAACAGCGGGAACAUUUCUCGGAUGCUACAAUGUUUUUCUAUCUUCUGUUGCCUUAGCUAGUUUUCUAUAACAGCUCUGUGUCACAGCACUCAAGACAGCCCCUUGGGUGUCCAACAUGUCUGUGGAUUGGGUGGGAUAUGGAUACGCAGCCCUUGUCGCAUCCGGAGGAGUCAUUGGUUAUGUGAAAGCAGGCAGUGUCCCCUCCCUUGCUGCUGGUCUUCUCUUCGGUGGCCUCGCAGGUUUUGGUGCCUACCAAAUCUCCAAUGACCCCAAUAAUGUUUGGGUGUCCCUCGCUACGUCAGGAGCUCUGACUGGCAUCAUGGGAAAGAGGUUCUACGGAUCCAAGAAGUUAAUGCCAGCCGGCUUGAUGGCUGGAGCAAGUCUUCUGAUGGUGGGAAAGCUUGGUGUGGCAUUGCUCCAGAAACCCCAGGAGUCCUGAAGGAGUGAAGAUUCUGAUGUGUACUUCUUGUUCUGUUUCAGGAGCGGCCUGUCAGCAUUUGUCAUUUACAUAAACCUUAAUGUCAUUUUGUAAAAAAAGAAAACUAAAAUAAAUGUAUAUUUGAGGAUGAAAUAUAGUACCUUGUUUAUAUAAUAGGAA